AUCGUUCAUUUAUCAUCUCCCUGUUGUAGGGGUGAAAUUAAAAUUGUAAACAAAACUUUUGAGAAAAUUAGAAAAAUACAUUAAAUUACUGUUAAACGCCAUGGGUUUGGAUGAAAAAGAAACCCGCAGGCCAAUAAUUGCCGAGGAGACAACACAAGUGCCAACAAUUGUGCAGCAUAGCACAACAAUACAUGACAUGGAAUUAGAAACAGAGGAUGAGGGUAGUUUUUAUAUCUUAAUACCUUUUACGGCCUUCUUGGUUAUAAUUGUUUUGUCGUUGCUGGUGUACCUAAUGGCACGUAAUCGUCGCCGUAUAGCUCAUAUCUAUUGCAAAAAACGACAGGGAAAACGUUUCGCCUACGAUGAUGAUGCAUAUGAUUCUCCACUGGAACAAGAUCCUGAGGCAAUGCACGAGGAGGAAGAUGAAGUGGACAAUGAAGAUAAUCCAACGAAAAGUUUACUGAGGGGGAAAUUGCAAAUCAAUAAUCGCUAUGAAAACUACUUGAGCACUUCCCAUCUCAAUAAGUCUUCGGAAUUGUUUACCUAAAUCACAUUUUACUUCGAAAUGCAGCUAAUAUUACAACAGUAUUAUUUACCUAUAAUCAAAAAAACAGGCUAGUCAACUUAGAAAGAAAUACAAAUUUUACUGCACAUAUUAACAACUACUUACGUACAAUUCCAACUAAUAUCAAUAUUAUAAUUAUUCUUUAAUUUAGACUAAUUAUAAAAAAACAAAUAAUGAACAAUAUAUUUUAAAACUUCCAAUUAAUAGAA